UGCCUAGUGAUCCUAAGGAAGCUGAUGUGUUAUUCCCUCUCUGCAUCGAAGGAUCAGGAAGUUUGUGCUCUCUGCCUGGCUGAGAAGUUUUUCACCUACUAGGGCUGGGGUAAGGGAAACAGGUGCCCUCCAAAAAUAGAGUGCGAACUGCAGCCUACGUCCCUCUGCAGCCCCGGAACAACGUCAGGUGAGAAUGACCACAUUAACUCACCGUACACGUAGAACUGAAGUCAGUAAGAGCUCUGAAAAGAAAGUAGAAAGUGAGGAAGAUACUAAUCAAGAAAGGAGUCCAGAUAAUGAAGACCCUGGGGACUCUAAGGAUAUCCGACUCACUCUUAUGGAAGAAGUAUUGCUCCUGGGACUAAAAGAUAAAGAGGGCUAUACAUCUUUCUGGAAUGAUUGUAUAUCCUCUGGGCUUCGAGGAGGCAUCCUGAUAGAGCUGGCCAUGCGGGGUCGAAUCUAUCUGGAACCUCCCACCAUGCGUAAGAAGCGACUCCUAGACAGAAAGGUCCUGCUAAAGUCAGACAGCCCAACAGGUGAUGUUUUGCUGGAUGAAACUCUCAAACACAUCAAAGCAACUGAGCCAACAGAAACUGUCCAGACAUGGAUAGAGCUACUCACUGGUGAGACAUGGAACCCCUUCAAAUUACAGUACCAGCUGAGAAAUGUGCGAGAGCGAAUUGCCAAAAAUCUAGUAGAGAAGGGUAUUCUAACCACAGAGAAGCAGAAUUUCCUUCUGUUUGAUAUGACCACGCACCCAGUGACCAAUACAACAGAGAAACAGCGGCUAGUGAAAAAGCUUCAAGACAGUGUGCUAGAACGGUGGGUAAACGACCCUCAGCGCAUGGACAAGCGAACACUGGCACUCUUGGUGCUGGCCCACUCCUCCGAUGUGCUAGAGAAUGUCUUCUCCUGUCUGACAGAUGACAAGUAUGAUGUGGCAAUGAAUCGAACCAAGGACCUAGUAGAACUGGACCCUGAAGUAGAAGGGACAAAGCACAAUGCCACAGAGAUGAUCUGGGCUGUGCUGGCAGCCUUCAACAAAUCCUAAAGCCAGGAGGCGGGUUUCUCCUUUCCCCUGCUGGCUGGUGACUGUCAGAGACCCCAUCACUGAGUUUUGUCUAAUGAGAUAUUGUCAUCAUUUUUUCCUCUUUUUUUUUUUUUUUUUUUUUUUUUUUUGAAUCAGACUCAUAACUUGGGAAGAACAACCUCAGGGCCUCUUCAUGGGCCAUGACCGUUUUAAGCAGACUAUUUCUCCUCGUACUUCCAUUCCAUACCCAAAUGAAAGGGGUGAACCCCUGCACAUUCAGUAAGUAUCUCCUGUUCUGGGUUUAGUUUUAACUAGCGUGCUCUUGGAUCAACAGGAAUAUCUAUGAGAAGGUUAGAGUUUUAUAGAACAAAAUGUGAAAAUGUAGAGCAAACCAUAUUCAUUUAUUUUUCUCCCUGACUCUCUCUGACUCUGCUAAACAGUGAUGUUUACCGCCAUCACUGUCUCUUUGAAUGAGGAGCCCUGAGAUUGUACCUCCUGCCUAUGAUUUUUUUUUUCACUCUUAUCUAAUGAAAACACUCCAAGUUUAAUGACAUGAAUCCCAUAGUUGUAGAAGCAGAAAUAUAGUCACACUCCAUUUUAGCACUGUCCUGCUUUCACAAUCAUUAAGACCAAGUCUGAUUUAAAGAGCAAUGUGCCUCUGUCACCUCCUUCAUGCAGCCAGCGUUAGAACUUGUAAGGGAGACACCAGAAUUCACAUCUUUGAAGCCAGGUGUUGGGGGACACACCCGGUCAUCCUAGCACUUGGGAGAUAGUGGCAGAAGGAUCUGGAGCUGAAGGUCAACCCAGCUAGAUUAGUAAAUUCAAGGGUAGCCAGGGCUAUAUGAGACCAUCUCUCACUCAAAAAUUAGAGUUUUCACCCUUUAGCAUGUGACUGUCUUGUUUGCUCCAGACUACUUCAAAUGUCUCUACUCUGAUUAAAUUAAGGGAAUUGUAAAUUUCACUUUCCAAAUAACAGCACUGAGUCCAGACAAUGUAGCCAAACUCCAUAUCUUCAUAAUCUCUGUUUUUAUUUCCUCUAUAAAUUGAUAAAUUCUCCCCAUAUGUAAGGGCUUUGACAGUAAUUCUGUCUAUAUUUAAUCUACAGAUACCCUCCAAAUUGUGUCUUCUUUCAACACAACCAUCAUUCUGGCCAAAUCUUUUUAUAAAUGUUUUUGCUUUAGUAGUGAGGGUGAAGAGAGACUUUGGUAGAAGAGAUCCUAGUUAGAUGGGUAGUUGAGUGUCAAUGGCAGCUGAUAAAAGCCUACGUUUAGGGGCUCUGAAGAGACCAGCACUGCUUGUGCUGAUUUCAAGCACCCUAUUGACUGCUGGGGAGAAACAGGCUGCCACACAGCCAAUAGAGAUGACUUAAGCUCAUGCCAAAUCCUGCUCAUCUGAAGUAAACUGCUCUAACUUCAUCUACUCCCCUGAACCUUCCUAGAUCCAUGGACAUUCUCCAAUUCAUCAUUAUUGUUUUCAUUUCAUAUGUCUCUUAAAUAAGUUGAGAUAUAAGUUGUAAUUUGAGAAGCAAGUAGAGCCUUAGCCUGGCUCUCUAGAAGUACAACAGCCAGCCCAUGUGCUAUCUAGUGGCUUAGCUUGUCUUCCCAUUGGAACAAUUCGGCAUGAAUUGAAACCAGGUUUUCCUGUGGAAAGCUUCAGUUCGAUUGGGGGAAUAGAAGUUGAGUUCUUUCUUGCAACUCUCAGUGUUUAUUUUUAUAUGUCCAUAAAAUGAGGAUGUCUUCACUUCAAAUCUGUGUAAUGUUCACUGCCAAACACUCAUGUAGUGUAUAAUUGCUGUCACAUUUCUGUACAAUAAAGAUCAAUAGUUAUGCCUCUGGU